GCGACGGCGCAUCCGCGACCCGCCGCCGCGGCCGCCAUUACUGCGCGACGUAUCGAGCCGUCCGGUCGUGUGGUGGUGCCGCGCUCGACGCUCAGCAGCAGUCGGCGCCCGGUUGAACUGCAUGCGGCAUACCACAUCCCGCUGCUGCUGCCCAUCUGCACAGUAUCCGUAGUACGCGCGUCCGAGUGUCGCAGCGGUACGCUCCGGUGUAUGGUGUAAGAGACAGUGGCCUCGGAUGAUUUCGCACGCGCCUCUCGUAGUGGUGGCGUGUAUGUGGGGGUGAGUGCGGGCGUGAUGGGGCGGGGGCAGAGCUCGCCCAUGGAGCUCGGCUAGAGUGGCGCGCCCCUGCCCGGCCGCCCGGCCGCCCCUCCGCCCUCGGCCCGCCGCCGCCCGCGCCGGCUCACACAUGGAGCCGGACCAUCGGGACCACCGAUGCCACAGGCCAAAAGCCUUUGACAAAAUGGAAGCGUUGGUGAGAGAAAUGAAAAACACAGAAUCCGGGGGCGUCCCCGUUCGAAGCCAGAAAAUAUUUUUGACAUCUAUUCCCGCUGCCUUUAUGGGUUACGAUUUGAUAGAAUGGUUGAUAAUGCGACUGGAAAUCGAAGAAUCAGAGGCGCUGAACAUAGCCAACCAGCUGUGUCAGUACGGCUAUUUUUUUCCUAUAAGCGAUUCGAAAAAUCUGGUGGUGAAGGAUGACAGCUCUCUCUACAGAUUUCAAUCUCCUUUUUAUUGGCCUUGGCAGAAUAAACCCCCCGACAACGUAGAUUAUGCAAUUUAUUUAACAAAGAGAACGUUGCGCAACAAACAAAGGCACGGACUGGAAGAGUACGAGGUGGAAGCGCUGGCCAUUUUGAGAAAGAACCUUUCGAACAAAUGGGAUAUCAUCACUGCCCAAGCGGAAGAACAGGUUAAACUGAGUAAAGCUAUGAAGAAACCCGACAAGUUAAUCAGCGACUCGCAAGAAAAGGCCUACUGGAGAGUACACCGUCCUCCGCCGGGUAUAUUUAGUUCAUUGGAGCAAGUUCCGGUACCAACGCGAAGUUGGAAAGGUAUAAAGCCGAGGAAGAAAACGAUAGAGGACUGUAAAAGAGAGGUGGAACUACUGAGGACCAGUUUAUACAGGACACGAAUAAAAGUAUCUCAAGCCUUAGAAAACCUCGUUCAACACGUCGAAACUUACACGGAGUUUGACCCUUUACUGGUACCUCCUCAUCCAUCUAAUCCCUGGGUCAACGAGGAUGUGACUUACUGGCAGCUUACUGCCUCAUUGUCAAUGGAGGAUUUGCUCUGCGACCCCACUGGGGUGCAAGAGUUCACCAAUUAUUUGCAGAAAGAGAAGAGCGAGGAGAACAUCCUGUUCUGGUUGGCGGUCAACGAUUUGAGACGGUCGUCCCAGUCGCAGGUCCUAUGGAAAAUUCAAGAAAUAUAUGAGAAUUUUGUGAAACACGGAGCGCCUAGAGAAGUCAAUAUCGAUAAUCAAACGAUGGACAAAGUCUUGGAAGGAAUGAAGAAUAACAGCCGUUACUGUUUCGAUGCGGCCCAAGAACACGUGUACAACUUACUGCUGAAGAAGGACUGCUAUCCGCGCUUCAUCCGAUCGGAUUAUUAUAAGAAUCUCCUCGCGAACGGUAUACAACCCUUACAAAAGAAACGGUUUUUUGGGUUCGGACCGACGAAGAAAAAAGCCUCGACUAGCGCGCAACCCAACCAAGGCGGAUCGGCGCAGCAAGCUGUGACGGUUCCGUGCGCAGGCGCUCUGAGCAAGCGCAGAGGAAGCGAUCGCAGUCUAUCCGGUUCGGCGCAUGAAAUAUCGCAUUUCGGUGUCAGCGUCGGAGCGCACUCUAGCAUCGUGAAGGAACCCAAAGUGCCACAUUCCCAUUCGCAAAGCAACCUGAGCGAUAUUCCAUACAGGGGGGACCUAGACCUGAACAAAUCCAGUGGAAUCACCGACACAAGUCCAGUGAAGAAGCCGCCGAGUAUAGCACCGGGCGCCUCCACAUCCGAAGAAGUGUGUCCGUGGGAAACGCCAUCUUCUCCACCCAAGACGCCUCUGACCAAUCGGAAGAACUCCGCCCAUCUGGACUCGGAAAGUUCGUCGUCGGACGUCAGCGUUGGAGUAUCGGAACUAGCUGAAAAACUACAACGUUCGCUGCUAACCCAACAGCACACCCUCGACUGCGGCAAGAACCUCCACGUGGACACGUACGAGACUCCGCGCCGAGCCUCGGUGUCCGUGCCCAUCACGCACAGCUCGGGGUCCGGCAGCAUGGAGGGUGCCCGACGCAAGGUGUCCUCCUUCGAGGACAACAGUUCGGCGACGAUUAGCGCCGCCUCCUCCGUGUUCGUUAUUCCUAGUGAUAAAGACAAUAAGGCGGACGCUAGCGCCAAGACGCUUAAAAAGAGCCACAGCAUCGCGAAAGCCUCCUCGGUGACGAGUCAGACGCCCAUCAUCAGUGUCAGUUCGGCGACGGACGACGCUGACGAGGACCAGCAACAGCAGGAGUCGGAGAUUGCGAUGGCGGACGCGGCGGACGUGUCCGUCGUAGGAGAUGACCAACCAUCCUCGAUAGAGCUAUCCACGGCCGGCACGGCAGGCCUCAGCCAAUCCGAGCCGGUUUCCCCUUUAGCCGGCCCCAGCAAAGGGGAGGCCAAGGCGCCCCUGGCGGAACCGGAUAGCGAGUCUCCGGCCAGCGAGAUGCCCCCCUCGGAAAUAGCGGCCGAGGAGGAACACGGCAAGGCCCAGGGAAAGGAGGAGACGAAGAAGCGCAAAUCGGAAACGGGUGAAGGCGACGAGGCCAAAAGCAACGAUGUUUGUCCGUGGGAGGACGAAGAAAGUUGUAAGGUCGACACACCGUUCGUCAAAACGUACGCCACCCUAGGAUACCUCUAACUGUGGAUCAUCACAGUAGUCACCGGGCCAUAUAUGUAUGGCUGUAAAUUAUUUAGCUUAGGUGAAGAAAGUGAAUGAAGAGUAGGUUAUAAUGUUUUAAUGCUUGUUGUUUGGGAAACGGAUAAAAUGUCAUUUGGAUUUUGAUAUAUCGCUGCGGAAAUGACGAAAAAGCGAAAACACAAUAUUUUAAUAUUACUAUUUCGGACUGUUAAAUAAAAAAAAAACUAUUUUUUAGUAUGUUUUUUACUCGCACACCGGUAGUUAUUGAAAGCAGUGAUAUUUCAAAACCUACGAAACAUAGAUUAGGCUGAAAUUUGCGAUAGUAUUACACCAAUCGGAACUAGUUAAUUGUCCAAAUAUUGAAAAUAAUUUAUAAAUGUUUUAUUUGGUUGUAAAAAGUAAUUUUAUAAAGAACAUUUACAAAAACCCUGCUCAAGUAAGCCCUAGAAAAUUUAAGGUAUGUCUAGCAAAUUAUAAUAGUAUUUAAUUAUUAAAAUGAGCAUUGAAGAGCCAUUUUGCUUCUAACACAGCAACCUGAGAUGCUACAUAUCUGAUAACACAAUAAAAAGUUAAAGUAAGGCACAAUACGUAUACGUAUCUCUCGACACGUAACGCAGAAACCUACGUUACGUCUGCCGUUGCGUUGUUGUGUAAACAAGAGUUACAACAAGUAUUUUGACGUACCUAACGCAAAUGGUACAUUUGUAAUUCUAAAUUAUUUUGUAAAACAAUUUACUUAAUUUUAAAACUGAAAUGGAUACCUCUUUUCCAUUGAUUCCACAUUAAAUUUAUAAAAGUAAUAUCGAAAAAUAAAGAAAAUUAUAAAUGGAAAUUAUUUUAUUACAGAAAGUAGUCCUUACAACUUAAAAUGCUCUUAGUAAUAAAAAAUAUUGGAAAACUGACACAGUUUUAUGAUUAUUUAUUCAGAUUCAAUCUUUUAGAAUCCUCAUAUUAUGAAUUUUGGCUACGAACUAGCAUUUAAUUAAAUAGAUUUCAAAAUGAGUUUAUGAUGCUUAAUAUUUUCAUACUAAUUUAUUGUAAUAAAAUAGGCCCAGUUCUGUUACACUGGCCCCAAAAUUUAUGAAAUAACUUAAUUACUAGCCAUUUGUGGAAAUGAGUUGUUUGCGAAUUUGUACGUUCGGCAUCAUUCGGGUGAAAAUCGAAACUCCUUCGGCUCGAUAAGUUUGCGUUUUGCAUGUACGUAAAGGCACGUAAAGAUACGUAUCACGUAUCCGUAAACGCAAGUGAAUUUCUCACUGCGCAAGCGUAUAUGUCAAACGAUACGUUUACAUCUACGUCUUUGGCCGUGCUUUAACUGUCUAAUAUCUUCUUUAAAGUCAUACACUCUUCUAAAUCUUAUAUCACUAUAUUAGUAUCAGACAGUUUUGUGUAGAUGUACAGGGUGUCCAAUUAAGAAUGGACGCUAGCUGUAUCUUAGAAACUUAUCGUACCUAUAUCUUUGGUGGAAAAUUGUAAUAAGUAAAUCGGCCAAGAGAAAUCGCUGGAAAUUACUUUCAAGUUAUAAAAAUGUCUGAUAGGGGGCGCAUCUGUGAUGACCUAUCAGAAAACAGAUUUUUUCUCAAAAAUAUGCAGGUGAAGAGGUAUUUUAAAUAUUGCUAUUGCAAUCAAUGGAAAAUUUGUAUUUAUUUUUGUAUAGCGUAUUUUGCUCUAUCUCAUAAAAUAAAGUGGUGGGGGAAGGUUAAACUUGCUUUUAUUAAAACUCUGGUUUGGAUUACCCAAUUUAAACAAACUAGGGCUCGUUAAAAAUAGCUUUUCUUCCCUAAUGAUCUCCAGUAUAAAUUUUGUUUCCAUAGAUUUUUUUGUGCUAGCUAGAGGGCGCUGUCUGACAUCGUAACAGAUAUUGCGCUUUUGCAUAAAAAAAGAAAAAGCAGGUUAUAUUUUGUUUUACACUGUUAAAUAGAGCACAAAAUUUCCAAAAUAUCAACGCAAACCGCAACUUUCCAAUUUACCCAAAAAAACAAACCAAAUCUGUUACAAUGUCAAAUAGCGCCCUCUAGCUACCACGAAAAAAUAUAUGGAAAGAAGAUUUGUACUGUAGGUUAUUAGAAGGAAAAGCUCUUUUAAACGAGUGCUAGUUUGUUUAAAUUGGCUAACCUGAACCAGAGUUAUCCUUAUUUUAAUAAAAGCAAGUUUAUCCUUUCCCCACCACUUUAUUUUUUGAGAUAGAGCAACAAACGUUAUACCUAUCAAAAAAAUUACAAAUUUCCCAUUGAUUACAACAGCAAUACCUUUUCACCUGCAUAUUUUUGACUAAUCACAGAUGCGCCUCCUAGCGGAUAUUUUUCGAACUUAAUAAUAAUUUCCAGCAAUUUUUCUUGGUCGAUUUAUUUAUUACAGUUUUUUUCUCAAAGCAGUUUCUGUGAUACAGCCGGCGCGGCGUCCAUUCUUAGUUGGCCACCCGGUACAUCUAUACAAAUUGUUUGCAAUAGAAAAACGCCUUGGUAUACGCACCUACAAUUUUCUAUAACGGUUUAAUUUGAGCUCCAACUUCCAAAAUAUUUAAUUUGCAGAUAAUAUUUCUAUAGCUAAGGUGUUAAAACAUGAUAUGUUGCCAGCUACAGUAUGAUUGACGUAAACAUUCUUUAAUGAUAGAUAAAUUUAAUGCGAUGUUUUAAUAUAAAUCUGUUGUGUAAUAAUACUGAAAAUGGGUGUUACAACAAAAAGGAUUAUUUGCAUUGUAAUAUUUCAUUUAACUACAUGCAUUUUAGUAUACUAAAUAAGUAAAUAAUACAAUAAACCCAGAAUCUCUUUAUUAGCCUAUUUAAAACACCUUUAACUUUUUUAGAUCAUUCGGCAAAAUAAGCGAGUUCAAGUUUAAAGUUUUAAGAAACAUUAUUAAAAUAUAAGGUUAAAAGCCUGGUUUACAUAGUAAUGAAUAAGUUAGACAUUAAGGAUCUCUCUUGUCUCAACCUUUUUGUUAUAAAGGCCCCCAUUCACUGGGCGAUUUUGUAGCAAACAAGUUGAGGGAUAAAAUUGCUUCUAAAUUUCUUGGAAAUUUGGUAGCUUGGAACCGACCAUUUAUAAGGCGACAUUCAAGCAAUUUGGUUGUCAAUCAAUUUUUCUGGAAAUUAAUCGACAAUUUCCGACAUUCUCCUGUUCGCGUACUAAAUAAUAAAAAUAGUUGAGCAACCCGGUCCAGCAAGCCGACGUCCACUGAUUGGGCGAUCCUCGUACAACCGCUUUAAAUUGCUGGUAAUCGCAACCCGAUUCACCUUCCGCACUCUGUAAAUCAAAAGAUUGCUUGGCAACCACAAUAUCGCUCUCAAUUUGAUUGAAAUGGCGCACUAACCUGGAGAUCUUUCGCGUACGCGUACUAAAUAAUAAAAAUAGUUGAGCAACCCGGUUGCCGACGUCCACUGAUUGAGCGAUGCUCGUAAAACCUCUUUAAAUUGCUGGUAAUCGCAACACGGUUCACCUUCCGCAGUGUAAAUCAAAAGAUUGUUUGGCAACCACAAUAUCGCUUUCAAUUUGAUUGAAAUGACGCACUAACCUGGAGAUCUCUCGACAAUUUGAUCGAAAGCGACUAGAUCGCUCGAUCGGAUUGCUCGUUUAUCGCCUAGUGAAUGGCAGCCUUAAGAUAUUGAGAGGUAUCAGAAACUUAAAAAAUAUUUUAAAUGUCUUUAUAAAGGAGUUGUUCUUAUAACUAGGCUUUUAUCUGGUAAAAUUAAAGAAUUUAAAGGCAGUACUACAAUAAUCAGAUCAUAAAAUCGACUAAUACCUGGGUAUCGACUAAUUUUUGAGCCCAAGUCGUACCCGACGUCAGUUACUCGAUUUUUUGGUUUCGAUUUAAUCGAUUUAACCGAAAUCGACACUACAUAUAAAUGUUUUUAGCGUUAAUAUACUACUUAAUAUGCACAACUUAAAAAUAACCAUAUAUUUGUCGUACGUAAACGUUAUAGUGUAUAACCUAAACUGUAUUACUUAGCUGUGACAAAAAAAAUCAGAAAAACGAAACGAGACAACGGUUGAAGAUUGGUGCAGACCAACCGUGUCCGUUUGCAAAAAAAAUGUUACAAUCUAUAAUCCAAUAAAUUUUCGUAUUGUAUAACGUAUAUAAGCACAUAUAAAGUAUCUUAUAUUAUAUUUAUAUAUGUUGUAGGUGUAGGUAAAUUAGUACGUGUAUGAUCGUGGAAUAAUGUGUCGAUUUCGAUACUAAAGCUAAAUUAGAUUUGCGAAACUAUCUUGAAAUGUUUAAACUUGAAGUCGAUUUAUUUAAAAUUGUUACUAAUUAUUCCAUGAUUUGUAUAAGAAUAAGAAGAUCGUAACGUAUAAUAAUCUUUCUUCUGGGGGACUGGUUCACUUAAAAUUCACAAACUUCACGGAGUAAUUAAUAUGAGCAGUAUUGACGAUGAAGUAUAUAUGAGCCCAAACCAAUUUUCCAAAAAUGAGAUUGUUCUCCAGGUUACAUAUGAUCUGAAAUGUUGCAUAAUGCCAAAAAGUAGAUUCUAAACCAAUGAAUUUCGACAAAAAAAUGAAAAGUUGAAGGAAGGGACGAGGUAGUAGACAGACUGCUUACAAGACUUAAAGUAAAAAAGCCUACUUGGCGCAGAUGUUAACAGAAGGAAUAUAUAGAAUAUAGAAGGAAUAUAUUGAAUAACUACUGCCAUUCACAUGAACGGGCUAAAGAAGAUGGAGGACUAGGAGCAAUACAAAGCUUGUCUCUAAAGGGUUGGGUUGGUAAAUAUCUUACAGAUUGAGAAGCAUUUUGUCACUGAUUUUGCAAACAUUUGGAUUGGUUUGACGUGGUCCAACGAGAAAAAAGAAUUAAACAGUUAAUAAAUUUAAAAAUAUUUUUGUCGGAUUUACAAUGGUCGUUGCUUGAUGUUACAAAACUACGGUUUACAAUAUAAUUAGAACCUACGGUUCCUGCGUAGGUUUAAUAUUGAUUAAGAGAAUUAAAAAAUAUCCAUUAAUGGUAAGAGAGAUAUUGAAUAGUUGCAAAUUUACAUGAAAGAGCUAUAGAAGAGGUUAGAGGGCUAGGAGGAAGACAAAAUUAGUGUCUGAUAGUGGACUUGACUGGAUAAAGAAUAACUUUCUUAAAGAUUGUGAAGCAUUUGGUCACUGAUAUUGGAAACAUUUGGAUAAGUUUGACAUGGUACAAAGAGAAAACAGAAUGAAUAAUUUAAAUAACAACUUAAUGAAGAAAUAUUUUUCUUUUUAUUGAGUGAUAAUAAAUUUAAAAAUAUUUUUGUCGGAGAUCACAACGGCCAUUAGCAUGUUAAGAAAAACAAAUAAUAAUAAUUAGAACCUAAGAUUCUUGCGUAGGUAUUAAUACUGAUUAAAAGAAAUAAAAAGUAUUCAAUAAUACCAGUCUAGUAUCAUCAGUACCAGUGAAUCUGACAUCUUGUCGAGAUUUACCAAGCAAUUUAUCAUAUGCAGAAGAAUAGUGAAUAAUCUUGUUUCUUUGUGGAAAAAGGGUUUGGCUCAUGAUCACUGAUCGAACACAUACGAAGCGUGAUCGUAAUAUGGCCGCUCAAUAGGAUUGCAGCCUUAUGGUGUGUUAUGUCCAUAAUUUGGUCUUACCGAGGCAAAAUAAUAAUAAUGAAUUAGAUCGUUUUCGGAGUAAACCUUCGUGGCGAAGCUUAUUAGGUUUGAGGAGAUUUAGGUUUGUCCGAGGUUUUAACAAGACAUACAGGCGAGGCACAAAAAGACAUUUUUACUCCGAGUAUAACAAGUUUGGUUUGGUUUGGUUUGGUUUGGUUUGGUUACCAAUAAAAGGAAAUUAAUGAAAAUACGAAAGAAAAAAAUAUUCGCAUGCAAAUAAUCCCAAAAAUUCAGCAUUACUGUGUAAAGGCCAUAUGAAAUUGGCCUAUAAACAAAUUGUUGUUAAAUAUCUGUAAUCUAGGGCGAAAAUAUUAUUGCUUUGCAAUAAUAAAUGGAAUGAUUAAAGUAGCUUUGUUGUGGUGUCAUAAUAUGCAGUUCUAUUAGUUAAAAUGGACGUGUGUUGCAUCAAUUUGAUCGACUGGUAUAGGAUUUAGGUCAACAAACGUGUGUAUCGUUUUCAUCUCACAAUAUGACAUAUGACAGAGAAAAAAACACUUUAGUAGGAUAUUUAACACCUUUUUAUUUUGCUUUUAUUAUAUUUUAUUUUUUAAAAUUUAUUGAAUAGAAAUGGAAAACUAAAAUAUACAUAAUAUUUACUAUAAUGUAUAUUAUCAUAUUAUUUUGUAACAUGCUGUUAAGUUCUUCUUCUAAAACAGUUGACUUUCAAAGAGAAUAAUUUAUAUACCGUGUGUUGCAUCGCAGACCUGGACAUAGGAAAUGCCAUGCAAAUUUUAAAAAUGAUGAAUAAGUUUUUCCCAUUUCAUUUUACAGAAAAAUGUAUUGGAAACUUUUUAAAUAACUCCUUAAAAUGAAGGAAAGUGUUCAUUUUGAAUGGUUUAUACGAAUUCGUUCUGGAGUUAUGAGAGAUACAAAAAGUACUAAAUUAGGCUAAAAUUUAAUAUAAUACGGUCCUGGUCAAAUAAACUUAACAAUCACAAGUUAUGUCACAAUAUAACAAAUCUACUAUGACCCAGAGCUAAGAUGCUAUUAUAUAAAAUAGAUAGGAAACUCAAUACAUUUCGUCCGGACCGAGCGGUGGCGCCAUCUCGUGGGUCUAGUAACGAAAUAAAACAUAAAUUUAAAAUGGUUGGUUUCUAUUUUUUUCACAUUUUUCUAUUUAUUCAAAUUGAUUCAAGAAACCACCAAUUUACUCGAAUAAAUGGAUUUAAGUUUAAAUGGCAAAGGGGCUAUAACAAAAACACAAAAAAAACUAUAAGAAACCAUCUUUAUUGAACUGUAUAUAAUAACAAAAACAAUACAGAAGAUUAUGAUAAUAAAAUCUAUCUAGAUCUAUAACAAUUAGGGUAACCUAUUUUACAAUUAAUUAACAAUCUCAAAGGAAGAGAAACUUCGGUUAUCGGUUUCUCUACUACCAGUAAUACAGUCAGCAACACAAAACUUAAAAAACAUUGUCUACAGUUAAAAAAAUAUGAAAAAACACAAGAACAGAGCCGUAUACAAAUCAAAAACAAAUUUAAAACACGAUCUACGGAUAACGGCCAAAAUAAAAUAUAAAUUGACAACUGUUGACAGGUUAAAUUUUACAUUUGACCGUAAAAGCCAGGUAAAAACAGGUAAAAAUUUAAAUUUUGUAAAAUGUUGUUGUAAUUGCGCCCCCUCGUGCAUCUAGUAAUGGACUAUCGGCUACAACCUGUCAUUUCCAUAAGAGUUUCCUAGGCAUGAUUAUGACUUUCCUCUACAGAGAUCUGUCAAAAAUAUUCUCAGUUCUAUGAAAAGUUACAAAAAGUACGCUGUAAAAAUACGGGGAUAUUUUAUAAAUCAAAUAUGUUCGUAGAUAAGUAAACAAACUACUUCAAAACGAAAAUUUGUUUAUUAAACGCUAAACAAUUCACAAAAUUAAGAGAACUUGUUAAUAAUUAAAAAAUGGAUCAAAUUUAUUCUACGUUCUUCAUCCCUGUCCAAUAAUUCUUGAUGUUCGGAAUAUUUAAAUGACUUAAAAUUAUGCUUCCUCAAAUUCGCUAAGCAGUGGUACGAUGCUUUUCGACUAUUUCUCCAAGUAUUCUGGUAUUUAUUUGGUUUUCAUAUUCCAACAUCAUAUUUAGUUCAUUACAAAUUAUAUUUUGCACGUAUACAAUCAAUAUGACUUUAAAAAAAUGAUUUCUUUUAAAUUUGGCAACAAUAAAAUCAACUUAACGUUAAAACAUGAAAGUUGAAGGUGGCUUGUUUGUUAUUGUAAUCAGGACCGGAUUAUUUUUUUGAUUAAUUAAGCAUUUUUUUAUCUCUCAUAACUCAAGAACGAAUUUGUAUUAACUAUUCAAAAUGCUUGA